GACAAAAUGGGGGCUAUGAAUCCUCACCAUCAGCAGAGCUGCCUAGUACUGCUGUUAUGCGCUAUUAUUCCAAUCUGCUGCAUAUUUGCAGUAGAAGCUACAGUGGAUGAUCUACUGCCCUUCAAAUUUGGCCAAAACAUCCCGAAAAGAAGCGAUUUCCCACCAGAUUUUCUCUUUGGCGCUGCGACUUCAGCUUAUCAGACUGAAGGUGCAGCAAUGGAAGACGGCAGAGGGCAGAGCAUAUGGGACGCUUUCAGCCAUCAGCAUCCAGAGAAAAUAGCGGAUGGGAGCAACGGAGACGUUGCUGCUGACUCUUAUAAUUUCUAUAAGAAAGACAUAGCCUUCAUGAAGGAGAGUGGGAUGAAAGCCUACAGAUUCUCAAUCUCAUGGACUCGAAUAUUGCCUAAUGGGAAGCUCAGCGGGCGUGUAAACCAGAAAGGAGUUCAACAUUACAACGAUGUCAUCAACGAGGUUAUAGCUCAAGGCCUAACUCCCUUCGUUACGCUCUUCCAUUUCGAUACUCCUCAAGCAUUGGAGGACGAAUACGGCGGAUUUUUGAGUAACAAGAUUGCGAAUGACUUCCGAGACUUUGCUGAUGUGUGCUUCAAAGAGUACGGGGACAGAGUGAAGCACUGGAUCACAUUGAACGAGCCGCUCACCUACUGCCGGGAGGGCUACGCCUCCGGCGGCAUGGCUCCCGGCAGAUGCACCACCACUGAUGAGUUCAAGUGCGACCGUGGAGACUCGGCGACCGAACCUUACAUAGCCGGCCACAACCAGCUUCUCGCCCAUGCCGCCGCAGUUGCCUUGUACCGACAGAAGUACCAGGCAACUCAAAAGGGCAUGAUUACAAUCACAUUGAACUCAGAUUGGUUUAUUCCUUACACCUCAAGCAAGCAGGACGCAGAUGCUGCACAGAGAGCCCUUGAUUUUAACUUUGGAUGGUUUAUGGACCCGAUUACUACCGGAGAUUACCCGAAAAGCAUGAAAGAUAUUCUUGGUAAACGACUCCCGAAAUUUACGGCGGAGGAAUCGAAUUCACUGAAAGGAUCAUUUGAUUACCUUGGCCUCAACUACUACACCAGCAGAUAUGCUUCCGAUUACGUUGGAUCUCCUCCAUCACGUCCAUCCUACAUGACUGAUCCAAAUGUCAACUUGACAAGCCAACGUGAUGGGAAACUUAUUGGCACACCGACGAUUGCAUUUUGGUUAUAUGUAUACCCAGAGGGAUUUAAAGACCUAUUGCUACACAUAAAAGACAAGUACAACAAUCCCAUCGUCUACAUUACUGAAAAUGGGGUUCCUGAUAAUGGUAAACUCCCCUUCAAGGCGGGAGAGGCACCAUAUGAUAUGUUUAGGGUUCAGGCCCUUCAAGGACAUAUUUCCAACUUAAAUAUGGCAAUCAAGGAAGGGGCCAAUGUGAAGGGGUACAUGGCGUGGUCUUUAAUUGACAGCUACGAGUGGCAAGCGGGUUAUACAUUUCGUUUCGGUUUGUACUAUGUCGACUUUAAAAAUCCCUCGAUACGAUUCCCGAAACUGUCAGCUCUUUGGUACAAGGAAUUUCUUGCUCAUUGAUUAGUGUUACAAAUCAGUAUCGAAUCAUGAUUGUAACAAUGAGGCCCAUAUACUGAAAAGUAGAUAUCCGAAGGUGCAAUUGUACCGGUAGUCUGGUACUUAUGCUACUAAUAAUGUAUGAGACCUCAUAGAAGCUUUGUGGUUCAAACUUAAAUUUCAAUAGGGAACAUAGAGAUGGAUGAUAUCAAAUCGUUUUGAAGUUCUGAAUUAUGAGUAAUCAAAUUUGGAUAAGAUGAAAUAUAGAGGAGGU